UUUUGCUCUCAGAAAGGGGCACAGCUGGUGUGAGUCCUGGUGACUGCCAUCACCUUUUCCUUCGAGAUGGCUCUACAGGUCCCCAGCCUCCUCCUUGCAGCAGCUGUGGUGCUGAUGGUGAUGAGCAGCCAGGGGACCGAGGGCAGAGACUCCCCAAGGGAUUUCGUUUACCAGUUCAAGGGCCAGUGCUACUACAUCAACGGGACGCAGCGCAUGCGGGGUGUGGACAGACAGAUCUACAACCGGGAGGAGUUCGCGCGCUAUGACAGCGACGUGGGCGAGUACAUCGCGCUGACCGAGCUGGGGCGGUCGUGGGCCGAGUACUUCAACAGCCAGAAGGAUUACAUGGAGCGGAAGCGGGCCGAGAUGGAGACCGUGUGCAGACACAACUACGAGGUGACGGAGGUCCCCACCUCCCUGCGGCGGCUCGAGCAGCCCAAGGUGUCCAUCUCCCUGUCCAGGAGGGAGGCCCUCAAUCACCACAACAUGCUGGUCUGCUCGGUGACAGAUUUCUACCCAGCCCAGAUCAAAGUGCGCUGGUUCCGGAAUGGCCAGGAGGACACGGUGGGGGUUGUAUCCACGAAGCUUAUUCAGAACGGGGACUGGACCUUCCAGAUCCUGGUCAUGCUGGAGAUGACCCCUCAGCGGGGGGACGUCUACACCUGCCACGUGGAGCACCCCAGCCUGCAGAGCCCUGUCACCGUGGAGUGGCGGGUGCAGUCCGAGUCUGCCCAGAGCAAGAUGCUGAGCGGCAUUGGGGGCUUCGUGCUGGGGCUGAUCUUCCUGGGGCUGGGCCUUUUCGUCCGUCACAGGAGUCAGAAAGGACCUCGAGGGCCUCCUCCAGCAGGGCUCCUGCAGUGAUUCAUGGUGUUUUGAUUGAGCUGACUGCCACAUUAUAAGACCAACAGCCUGCCUGCCUCUCCCUGCCCUCAGUUCCCGCCUGCCUGUGCCAGCCUGCCUGUCCCUUUCUGAUUCAGAGUCUGGCAUGGUGCCAGUGUGCCCACCAGCUCAGCUCUUGUGAUCCUCGACUCUCCAGGGCUCUGUCUUUGGCUCCUGGACUGAUUUUAGAGACUGUCUGUGUACUACAGCAUGAUCUACUCAGACCCCCAGACCUCCUGUUUCCACCGUCCCACACGGGCUGCUGAAGAGAUGCGCUGAAAACAUUCACCUCUUUUUCAUAAUUAAAUGUGAUUCUGAAUUA